AUUAAGGAUACGUCAGCUCUUCUUCACUAUCAAGCUUUUCCACAGCUACGUGGCCCUCAGUCCUCUGACCGUCUUUUCGUGAAACACGACCUCAGUUGAAAAAUAAUCGCCAUGGAUCAGGUAAUGCAGUUUGUCGAGCCCAGCCGGCAGUUCGUCAAAGACUCCAUAAGGCUUGUAAAGAGAUGCACAAAACCCGACAGAAAAGAGUUUCAGAAAAUCGCCAUGGCCACAGCGAUUGGGUUUGCCAUCAUGGGUUUCAUCGGUUUCUUCGUAAAGCUCAUCCACAUUCCCAUCAACAACAUCAUUGUUGGUGGUUAAAUCCUGGUCAAACAGAAAUGAGAGCUACAACAUCCACAAACAGGAGACGAUGAUGAUGCGAAGUGUUAUCUGGCUGGUGGGGUCGGGGACUCAAGGGGUGGCAUUUUUUUCAUUGUGUGCACAACAUUUGUAUUUCGCUGUGUAAAUAAAGACAUGAUGUAAACCCAAA